AUGAAUACAAAAACUGAUAAUUCCUCACCACUUUUAUCAGAAGAUACCGUAGAAGGUAAAGAUGAUACGAUAGUGCAAAUUAGUACUCUAGGAAUUUUAUCCUUUGCUUCUAAACUUGAUUAUGUUUACUUAAUUGUUGGUACACUAGCAUCCUUUCUUCAUGGAGCUGGAUUUCCUAUUCUCGCCAUUGUACUGGGUGGGAUGACCUCCACUUUCCUUCGAGCUCAAAACUCGGAAUUCGUUGUUGGUGUUGGCAAAGCAGAUCCCAAUGGAUUACCUCAAAUUAGCCAAGAUUUUUUCAACGAUCAAGUUGGGCAAUACUGUUUAUACUAUCUCUAUCUAGGUGUUGCUAUGUUUGUUACUUCCUAUGUCCAGAUUGUAUGUUAUGAAAUCUUCUCAGAAAAAAUUACGCAUAAUCUUCGUCAACACUAUUUAAAAGCCAUUUUGCGUCAGCAAAUAGAGUGGUUUGAUAACCAACAGUCAGGAAACCUGACAGCCAGGCUUACAGAUGAUUUGGAGCGGGUUCGUGAAGGACUGGGUGACAAGCUCUCUCUACUAGUUCAAAUGUUCGCUGCCUUCUUAUCUGGAUUUGGAAUAGGAUUUUACUACAAUUGGUCCAUGACUCUUGUUAUGCUGAUUACUGCACCUUUCGUUGUUGGAUCAGGAGCUUGGAUGAGCAAGAACGUCGCUUCACGUACGCAACUUGAACAAGAAACUUAUGCAGUAGCUGGGGGUAUAGCUGAAGAAACUUUCUCAUCUGUCAGAACUGUGCUGGCUUUUAAUGGCCAUCGUCGUGAGCUGAAAAGAUUCGAAGAGGCUCUAGAAAAUGGAAGAAAGACAGGAAUAGUCAAAUACUUCUACAUGGGGGUUGGUGUCGGGUUCGGCAACAUCUGUAUGUAUGCUUCUUACGCAUUGGCGUUCUGGUAUGGAGCUCAAAUCAUUGCAAACGACCCAAGUUUCGAUAGAGGAAGUAUCUUCACGGUCUUCUUCUCGGUUAUGGCAGGAUCAACAGCUUUAGGAUCAGCUCUACCUCACGUGAGCUCCCUUUCUAUUGCGAUAGGAGCAACAAGAACUGUGCUAUCUGUGUUAAAUAAUAUUCCUAAAAUUGAUCCAUACUCACUUGAUGGCAUCAUCUUGAACGAUAUGAAAGGAAGUGUACAGCUGAAAAAUGUUUAUUUCCGUUAUCCUUCCCGCAGAGAUGUUCCCAUACUGAAAGGAGUCUCGCUCUCUGUAAAAAGUGGUCAAAAAAUCGCUUUAGUAGGUUCCAGUGGUUGUGGUAAAUCAACAAUAAUUAACUUACUUCUACGUUUCUAUGACGCUGAGAAAGGAAAAGUUUCAAUAGACGGAGUUGACAUAAAAGAUUUGAACGUCCACAGCUUGCGUGAUCAUAUCGGUAUUGUUAGUCAAGAACCUGUACUCUUUGAUGGUACUCUAUAUGAGAACAUACGAAUGGGAAAUGAAAACGCUCGACACGAGCAGGUAGUGGAAGCUUGUAAAAUGGCUAAUGCAGCAGACUUCAUCAAGCUUUUGCCUGAUGGCUACGGCACCCGUGUUGGUGAACGAGGAGUUCAGUUGAGUGGAGGACAGAAACAACGUAUUGCGAUUGCGCGAGCUCUGAUCAAGAAUCCUAAGAUACUUCUCCUCGAUGAAGCAACCUCAGCUUUAGACACAGAAGCCGAAUCUGUUGUACAAGAAGCUCUCGAUAAGGCGCAAACUGGACGCACAACCAUUAUUGUGGCUCACCGUUUGUCAACAAUCCGUAAUUGCGACCAAAUUUUCGUGUUCAAGAGUGGGAAUAUUGUUGAACAGGGAACUCAUGAAGAACUUAUUAACAAACAUGGAGUAUUUUAUGAAAUGACACAAGCUCAAAAGCUUAGAAGUCAAGAAACUGAGGAACAUGAAAAAGCAGAGGAUGAAUAUCCUGAUGAACUUUCUCGUGCCGGAAGUAGUAAAAGUCUUCACUCGCAUGCCAUGCUUCGUCAGUUAUCCACCCGAAGUGUUACCUCUGUAGCAACAAGCACGAUCAAAAGCUUACAGACUGAAUGUGAGCAAGCCCAGCUUGCUCCAACUUCAUUGGGAAAGAUAUUCUGUUUCAACCGGGACAAAUGGGGAUGGGCUAUCCUUGGUUUGAUAGGCGCUUUCAUGUUCGGCUUGAUGACUCCCAUCUUCGCAUUGCUAUAUGCAGAGAUUUUUAACGUUUAUUCGAAACCAGUGGAUGAAAUGCAAUCACAAGCUUUAAUAUGCUCAUUAAUUUUCCUUUUCCUAGGAUUUGUCCAUGCUCUAGGUUUCUUUAUUUCGGCAAACUCGUUGGGAAGAUGCGGAGAAGGAUUGACCAAAAAACUACGAUUCGAAGCCUUCAAAAAUUUACUCCGACAAGACAUCGGUUUCUAUGAUGAUAUAAGGCAUGGUACCGGUAAGCUAUGUACUCGUUUCGCUACUGAUGCUCCGAACGUACGAUAUGUUUUCACCCGAUUACCCGUUGUUGUCGCUUCAUGUGUUACUUUGACGGGUGGACUGGUCAUUGCAUUCAUUUAUGGAUGGCAACUAGCAGCUAUUUUGAUUAUUAUGGUUCCCUUAAUCAUAAUCAGUGGCUAUUUUGAGAUGAAGAUGCAGUUCGGCAAAAAAAUCAGAGAUACCGAACUCUUAGAAGAGGCUGGCAAAGCUGCAGCACAAGCAGUCGAGAAUAUUCGUACUGUCCAAUCCUUGAACAGACAGGAACAGUUCCAUUUCAUAUAUUGUGAAUUUUUACGAGAGCCACAUAGAGAGAAUUUAUGUCAAUCUCACACUUAUGGAGGAGUGUUCGCUUUUUCCCAGUCCCUUAUAUUCUUCAUGUAUGCAGUAGCUUUCUGGAUGGGGCACAAUUACGUAAAUCAAGGAAUUAUGCAACCAAUGGAUGUGUAUCGAGUCUUCUUCGCCAUAUCUCUCAGUGGUCAAGUAAUAGGAAACGUGUCAUCAUUCAUACCUGAUAUAGUAAAAGCUCGUCUGGCUGCUUCACUUUUAUUCCAUCUCAUUGAACACCCUAGUGAGAUCGACUCUUUGUCACAAGAUGGUCUGCAAAAGAAUCUGGAAGGACAUAUUUCAUUGAACAAACUUCACUUUAACUAUCCAACUAGGAAGCAUACCAAAGUGUUACAAGGGCUUACCCUAGAUAUAAAAAAAGGAAGUACUGUGGCUUUAGUUGGGCAUUCUGGUUGCGGUAAGAGCACAGUAAUGGGUCUGUUGGAACGUUUCUAUAACCCAGCAAAAGGAACUAUUAUGAUUGAUGGCGAAAACAUCAAAAAUAUUAAUAUUCAAAAAUUACGAGAACAAAUAUGUAUCGUGAGUCAAGAACCAACUCUGUUCGAUUGUACUAUUUCAGAGAACAUUUUAUACGGGCUAGAUCGAGAAGCUAGUUACGAAGAGAUUGUGCACGCCGCCCAAAUGGCAAACAUCCACAACUUCAUAAUGUCGCAACCUCAGGGAUAUGAUACCAGGGUUGGAGAGAAGGGAACUCAAUUAUCGGGAGGUCAAAAACAAAGAAUAGCCAUUGCACGAGCAUUGAUACGUAACCCCGCUAUAUUAUUACUCGACGAAGCGACAUCUGCAUUAGACACAGAAUCAGAAAAAAUGGUUCAAGACGCUUUAGAAACAGCUAGAGAAGGCAGGACCUGCUUAGUUAUUGCUCACAGACUUUCGACCAUUCAAAACAGUGAUGUGAUUGCUGUAGUUAGCGAAGGACGCGUAAUUGAGAAAGGUACUCACGAGCAACUCUUACAAAAAUCAGAAAUAUAUCAAAAACUAUGUGCAACUCAGAGGCUAGUGGAAUCACAAUAG